CCCCUCCGCCGUGCGUCGUGACGCUGCGUAACGUGGGGUUUCCCAGACCUGAGUGCAGGGUUACCGCGCCCAUCUCUGCUGUUUGAUGGCCGCAGGAAGAAGAAGAAGCGACUGAGAUCCUGGCGUUGAAGGAAGAGAGAGAGACGACGGGACGACACAGAGAAAGGGAUUUGGGGGGAUUUGCGUGGAAAAAGGAAGACCAACCAAUCAACCGGGACUGCGACGUGUUUGUGGGUGAACGCCGCCGUGUCUGUGCUCCUCCGUGCCGGUGUCUCCUCCUCCUCCUCCCCCCGUCGGCGGGUCAGAAGCUGGGUUCGGGGAGUGCCGCUCCUCGGUAGCUGAACCGGAGAGAGAGAGAGGCUGUUCCCCGGUCAAUGCGAUCGAAAGCACGGAUACUGAACGCGGAUCAGCAAGAGUCUAGGCGGCGGAGCGAAGCACACCAUUAGCAGAGGAAAAUGAGUGAACUGGAUCAGCUACGCCAGGAGGCUGAGCAGCUCAAGAACCAGAUCAGAGAUGCCAGGAAAGCGUGUGCGGAUGCUACCCUGUCUCAGAUCACAGCUAGCAUCGACCCUGUUGGCCGAAUUCAGAUGCGCACUAGACGGACACUGAGGGGGCAUCUGGCUAAAAUCUAUGCCAUGCACUGGGGCACUGACUCAAGGCUUUUGGUCAGCGCCUCCCAGGAUGGCAAACUCAUUAUUUGGGACAGCUACACCACAAACAAGGUCCAUGCCAUCCCGUUGCGCUCCUCCUGGGUGAUGACGUGCGCCUAUGCCCCUUCUGGGAACUACGUUGCCUGUGGAGGCCUGGACAACAUCUGCUCCAUCUACAACCUGAAGACCCGUGAGGGAAAUGUGCGUGUCAGCCGUGAGCUGGCCGGACACACAGGUUACCUGUCCUGCUGUCGCUUCCUGGAUGACAACCAGAUUGUCACCAGCUCUGGAGACACCACCUGUGCUCUGUGGGACAUUGAGACUGGUCAGCAGACGACUACAUUUGCUGGUCACACCGGGGAUGUAAUGAGUCUCUCCCUGGCGCCCGACACCAGGCUGUUUGUGUCUGGAGCCUGCGAUGCCUCGGCCAAGCUCUGGGACAUCAGAGAAGGAAUGUGCCGACAGACCUUCACUGGCCACGAGUCGGACAUCAACGCUAUCUGCUUCUUCCCCAAUGGCAACGCAUUUGCCACGGGUUCAGACGACGCUACCUGCCGGCUGUUUGACCUGCGUGCCGACCAGGAGUUGAUGGUUUACUCACAUGACAACAUCAUCUGUGGUAUCACCUCCGUGGCAUUCUCCAAGAGUGGCCGCCUACUGCUGGCUGGCUACGACGAUUUCAACUGCAACGUCUGGGACACUUUGAAGGCCGACCGUGCAGGUGUCCUGGCUGGUCACGACAACCGGGUGAGCUGCUUGGGUGUGACCGACGACGGCAUGGCAGUGGCAACAGGGUCCUGGGACAGCUUCCUCAAGAUCUGGAACUAGAGUCUGAAGAUGGCAUCUGGACUCCAAAGUUGAGUGGAAGACCAUUCCAACAUCACAAUGUUCAAUUUUAUUGCAUAUCCAAUCUUUUCAAAAACACCAUGAUACUGACUCCAAACACCCCAAAAAUCUAUCAAGGGCAAAAAUUCUCUCUCUCUCUUUCUCUCUCUCUCUCUCUCCCUCCCCCCCCUCUCCCCUUCUCAUUUGAAAGAGCACAAUUGUCUGUCACUCAUUCAGCUACAAAAAAAAAAAAAAAAAAAAAAAAACAAGCUUGAGGAAUUUAGUGGAGGGGAAAAUUGUGCAUUCCUCCCAUGACCAUGGUCUGGUAUUGUAGUAAGCCACCUCCAAGCAAACAUGUCCUGCGUCCUCAUUAUACACAGGUCUGAGUGAAGGUUAUUACAUGACAGUGAUCUAACUCUUAAUAGCUUUUUGGCAAUGUUUCUUUUUUUUUCUUUUUGUUAAAGAGAAGUAGAUCAGCGAACUGUCAGUUAAUGUUUAAAAUGAGGAUCAAAGCUUUGUUUUAUUUCCUUUUCUUUACACAUUUUAGAGAAUGUUUUUAAGUUGAAAACUAGAAGAACCUCCAGAUCAUGUCAUUUUAAAUCCAGCUUUAUCCCACUGGAGAACAAAGUGAGAGAAUUGAGCUUCAACAGGGAGUCCUCAAGCCACUUCUGGCCCUUCUGUAUAUUUAGUCCCAUGAUAAUUUUACUGUUUCUUUUUUCCAGUGUAGUCCACAAAAUCUUUGUUUGCACAAAAAUUAAACUUUGCAUAUAUAGAAUAAUGUCUAAAGAAAAAAAAAGUUAACUAACCAAGCACAUGCUGUUUAUGAUGAUGAAUGCUCGUUUUUAAAACGGAAAAACAACAACAAAAAAAAACCAUUUUAACCAUUCUUACACCUUUUUGUCUGGCGACAGUGUAGAAUAAUUAAAUGAAGAUUAACCCAUCGGAUCAUAUUCCACCCCGCCCCUCUUUUUUAUUCAUUUUUUUCCUCCUUUAAUUUAGUUUUCCCUGGUUUCUGUUGCCCGUGGUUGGGACCGGUGAUGUGAUUUGGUCGGGUAGGGAGUACCUCCACUUUAGCCCGGUUGCAAUCCGGACGUUUCUCUUUUAACAGAGGUGCCCAUUCCGUGCUUGGAAAUGCAGUUACUACUCUGUGAAUGACAUGUUGUAUAAAUCAAUGUUUGAAAAUAAUGAUAUUGAAACUUUUUAAGUUAAAAAUGAAAAAAAAAAGAUUUUGGUUGUCUGCCAUGGGUGGGUUAUCUCUUAGAAUCGCAUGCUGUAGAAUUGCUUAAAAAGGUGCAUAUGGAAUUAAGUCCUUUGAUGUUUUUCUUUAAGAAAAUAACCUGUUGAAUAUAUCAAUACGAUGGUAUUUAUAUUUUUCUUUUUUCUUUCUUUUUUUUCUUCCUUUUUGUUUUUGGCUACUCCGUGCAUACAUGAUUCAACUAAAAUGUCAAAGCUAUGCACUCGAGAAGCAAACCCUGCAACAUAAACGGUUACUUGGUCCAUACUUGGGAGGGAUUCCACAAAUUAAGAAGUAACGGAAAUGUUAAAAUUGUACACAUGCAUACGUACAUUCAUUCACCUUAACAUACACGAUCUCAAAUGGAACAAAUGAAUUUUCAUUCCUUCUGUAGCAAACAAAAUUCCACUUACAAAGAAAAACAUUUUAUAACAGGUUUUUUUCUGUCCUUUAAUAAAAAAUGAAAAAAAAAAAUCUUGCAGCAUCUGAAUGGCAGAAUUUUCUGUUGUUCCCUUCUCCUUGUAAACAGAGACGCUCUUUCUUUAGCAGUAGUGACAUUUUUUCCAUUCUGUUUUUUCUCUGCGACAUUCUGUACAAAAAAAAUGUGCUGUAAUUGUGCGUUAGGCCUGGAGUUGGCAAAAAAUAAAAUGAAAUAAAAAAUAUUAAAAA